AUGAAGCGCUCUAACGAGGACCAGCAGGACCAUGCGGUCAAGCGAAGCCAACCCACAAUGCUUCACAACGGCAGCCAGCUGCCCGUGAGCCCCAACUUGAGUGCUGGAAGCCCUAGUCCACCACGCAAAAAGGAGCUCAAGUCCUAUGUGGGUUGCUCCCAGUUGAAGGAGUUCGAUUUGGUGAACAAGCUAGGAGAGGGAACCUUUGGGCAAGUACACAGGGCGCGCAGGAAAGACUCCGUGGCUGGACCGACACCACAGCCAGUUUUGGCGAUGAAGCGUAUCCUCAUGCACAAUGAGAACGAGGGAGUUCCCAUCACUGCUUUGCGCGAGAUCAAGAUCUUGAAACGGUUGCGACACCAGAACAUUGUUCCCUUGCUGGAUAUUGCUGUCAGCCCAGGUUCGAGAAGUGGACGAAGCAGGGCAAGCAUUUACAUGGUCUUCCCAUACAUGGAUCACGACUUGAGUGGACUGUUGAACAACCCCCGUGUCCGACUCACGCAGCCUCAGAUCAAGCUAUACAUGAAGCAGCUCUUGGAGGGUACCAUCUACAUGCACGCCAACAAGAUCAUUCACCGUGAUAUGAAGGCUGCAAACUUGCUGAUCAGCAACGAUGGAACGUUGAAGAUUGCCGAUUUCGGACUUGCGAGACCAUUCAAGCCCGAGGGUGAAGAUUACACAUCCAAAGUCGUCACUCGUUGGUACCGCCCACCAGAGCUCUUCCUGGGAGAGAAGAAGUAUGGUCCCGCAGUUGACAUGUGGGGUAUUGGAUGUGUGUUUGGUGAGAUGUUGUGUGGGGGACCCAUUCUGCAAGGAAACUCGGAUCAGGACCAGUUGGACAAGAUCUUUAAUCUUUGCGGAUCACCAACGGAAGAGACCAUGCCUGGAUGGACAUCUCUGCCUGGCCUGGAGGAGAAGGGUGUCAUUUACCAAGUGAAGCCUCAUUCACGCGGCGUAUAUGACUACUUCCUCCCCUAUGGAGGAAUCGUGGGUGCCGACCUCAUGGACAAACUGCUGGUGUUGGAUCCCAAGAAGCGAUUGACAGCAUUUGCAGCCUCGGAUCACGACUACCUUUGGACGGAGCCAUUGCCUGCCGAGAUCGGAAUGUUGCCACAAUACGAGGCGAGUCACGAAUACGACCGCCAGAGGAGAAAUGAGGCGCACCAAGACCGUCGUAACAACAACAACACUACCGCCAACUUCCACGGUGCGCAACAAUCACAUGGCCAUCACCCUUCAGGACGCCAUGGGUCCAGUCUGCCAGCAGGAGGUGGAGGAAACGGCGGUGGUGCCGCACCUUACCGCGGCCACGGCAACAACGGCGGCGGCGGCUACAAUCCCGAUGAUCGUCGAGGAGAGAAGCCUCGAGGAGGUCAUCCUCCGCCAAGUGCUUCGGUGGCGCCACCACCUGCGGCAACAUCGUACCGCCCUAUCCCGUUGCCACCCAAACCUCAGGCGGCAGCUGUUCCACCUGCAGCACCUCCUGUCACCAACCCCAUCCCCACGCGUCGGCCUUAA